AUUACGAAAACCAAAACCAAAAAGAAAACUCCCUUAAAUUGCACACAUUCACAACAACAAUAACACAACACAAACUCUCUCCUUUCUCUCUGAAACGCCGAACCCCUUUUUGUAGACUACUUCUUCAAUCCCUAAUUUUUUCAUUUCAUUUUUUCACACGUAACAACCACCAACCUUCGUUUUGCACCCUUUUCUCUAUCUGUACCAAGACCCGUUUUGGAUCGCAACCCAACUUCUCUCUCCCCUAAUAUUUGAUGCCCACCAUCUCCUCUACGCAUUUCAACACUGUGUUGGGAUUCACCCUUUUUCCAUUAGGGUUUUGAUCAUCUCAACUCUUCUCUUGUUACAACCAAGCAGCACUUUUAUUCUUUUGAUUCGUUUUCAUUUGGGUGUCUUGCAAAAUCUUUUUUUUUUUUUUAACUUUUGGGUAUUCGUAUUUUGUACUUGCUGGGGUUCUCUGAAAUUGUGCCUUUUGCAAUAUCUCUGUGUGUAUUAUUUUUUGGGUAAUACCCAGAAUUGGUUUAGUGGAAUUUUACAGUUUUUGCUUCUUUUUUUUUUAUUUUAGAUUUUUUUUUGAACUGCAGAGGGAAUAAAGUCCUGUCUUGGUAUGUUUGUUGUGCAAGGGGAAGAAAUUUUUUCCCUUCAAAAGUUUGAGGGAGAACACUGAGAUUAAUAGCUGCUUCUGCAAGCUUUUUUUUGAGUUUCAAUAUUGGUUCUUAUCUAGAAGGAGCUGUGGUGGUAUUUUGGUUUGGGUUGGUAGGUUUAGUUGGGGAGUGUUGAAAACAUAGGCUUGCAUGGGAGAACAUGAGGGGUGGGCACAGGCACCAAGUGGGCUAUUGCCAAAUGGCUUGUUGCCCAAUGAAGCUGCCUCUGUGAUACAGGUUCUCGACUCAGAGCGGUGGUUGAAAGCUGAGCAAAGGACUGCAGAGCUGAUUGCCUGCAUUCAGCCUAAUCCUCCCUCUGAGGAGCGCCGCAAUGCGGUUGCCGACUAUGUCCAACGGCUGAUCAUGAAAUGCUUCCCUUGCCAGGUGUUCACCUUUGGGUCGGUACCCCUCAAAACUUAUUUGCCUGAUGGAGAUAUUGACUUAACUGCAUUCAGUAAGAAUCAAAAUCUGAAGGAUUCAUGGGCACAUCAAGUUCGUGACAUGCUAGAGAAUGAGGAGAAGAAUGAGAAUGCCGAGUUUCAUGUCAAGGAGGUUCAGUACAUCCAGGCUGAAGUGAAAAUUAUAAAGUGUCUUGUUGAGAAUAUUGUAGUAGACAUUUCAUUUAACCAGCUUGGAGGGUUGUGCACCCUUUGUUUUCUUGAGGAGGUUGAUAAUCUGAUUAACCAAAAUCAUUUAUUCAAGCGUAGCAUUAUCCUGAUAAAAGCUUGGUGUUACUAUGAGAGCCGUAUACUUGGUGCCCACCAUGGACUUAUCUCAACUUAUGCCUUAGAAACCUUGGUUCUUUACAUUUUUCAUGUUUUCAACAAUUCUUUUGCCGGACCGCUAGAGGUAUUGUAUCGAUUUUUGGAGUUUUUUAGUAAGUUUGACUGGGAAAAUUUCUGUGUAAGUCUUUGGGGUCCAGUACCUAUUAGUUCACUCCCAGAUGUGACAGCUGAACCUCCUAGAAAAGAUGGUGGAGAUUUACUGCUCAGCAAGUUAUUUCUCGAUGCCUGUAGCUCAGUUUAUGCCGUUUUCCCCGGUGGCCAAGAAAAUCAGGGGCAACCCUUUGUUUCCAAGCAUUUCAAUGUUAUUGAUCCUUUGCGUGUCAACAAUAACCUUGGCCGUAGUGUCAGCAAAGGUAAUUUCUUUAGGAUACGCAGUGCCUUUGCGUUUGGGGCAAAAAGGCUGGCUAGAUUACUUGAUUGCUCAGAGGAUGAAUUGUUUUCUGAGGUCAAUCAGUUCUUUUUUAACACUUGGGAGAGACACGGAAGUGGGGAAAGGCCUGAUGUUCCAAGCAUCGACCUACGGCAUUUGAGUUUAUCCAGUCAUGACCAAUUACAGAGGUUUGAGAAUCUCCGGAACAAUAACCAUAAAAUUGGUAGUGCCUCCAAUCAUGAAUCUAAUGAAGAGGAAGAUGUUUCACAAAGUGGUCUGUCUCAGUAUAGUAAUUUAUCAUCGGAAAAGACAACUAGAAAUGUUGUUUCUACAGUUUCGCAUUCUCAGAAUCAAAAGAGUUAUGGAAGCCAAAAUAAUUCAAGGACCUUUGAUCAAGUCCGUAGGGAAACUAAUUCUAAUCCAGGUCCUCAUGUCGAUAAAGUUCAGAGAAAUGUUAAAGCCGAUAACCUAGUGAGUGAUGUUCAGGGAAGGUUUCUAUUUGCCAGGACAUGUUCUAGCCCUGAGCUGACUGACUCAUAUGGUGACGUUUCAACCCAAGGAAGGCGUACAAAAGCAACAGAAAGUAGUAAAGGCCAGACUUCCUUUGCAAAGUUGGAGAAUAGUCGUAGGAAGCAUGUUGAACCUGAUGUAGCUGUAAGAAUGGAUGAGUCAUCUGCUAGGCUCAUCUCAUCUCAUCAAGUUCUUGAAAAUGCUGCUGAUUCAAACAGUAAUCAUGAUGAAUCAAGGUCAGGUGUCAUGGGUGAAGAGUUUGCUUCUGUUGUGGGUGCAGAUGGAAUGCAGAUGAUGCAUCAGGAGGAGCAGGACCUUUUGAAUAUGAUGGCAUCUCCCACAGCUCAGGGUUUCAGUGGUCAGACUCAUGUUCCAAUGAAUAUUGCGCCAGGUCACCUACCAUUUCACUUUCCACCUUCCAUUCUUGCAUCGAUGGGAUAUGCUCAGAGAAAUAUGGGUAACAUUCCCUUUAUUGAGGCUCCUUGGGGUACAAAUAUGCAAUUUCCUCAAGGUUUCGUCCCACCAUUGACUCCAUAUUUCCCUGGCAUAGGAAUGACCUCAAGUCCUCAAGAUUUACUUGAAACUAACCAUGAAAAUUUCAGUUCUGUUGAGAUGAACAUAGCAGAAGCAGAUAAUAAUUACUGGCAUGAACAGGAAAGGGGUUCUGCUAGUGAGGUUGAAGUUGAUAAUGGAAAUUUUGAAAUGCUUCCAGAGGAUAGACAACAGUCUACUUCAGAUAGUUAUAAUAACUCUGCCCCAUUGUCUCGGGUAGGAAGCUCCAACAGUAACAGUUCUGCCAGAGUUCAGCAGAAGUUUACUAAAGAAAACCGAGGUUCUACAAGAGAAGAGCAUGUUGACAAUUUUCAUUAUCAAGAUGGCCGAAGAAAUGAGGUUUAUUUUGAUGAUAGAACAGCAAAUUCUGAGUUGUCCAGUGCACCUCCUUUGAGCUCCUUUAAGAGUAGGACCUCUUCUGAAAGCUCAUGGGAUGGAUCAUCAGCCAAAUCCUCAAAAUCAACUAGGGAGAGAAGGGGGAGGAAAAAUACUUCCUCAAUAGCAUCUCCUGUUUAUGCGAAGGGUAAGAAUGUUUCAGAAACUUCAUCUAAUCGAGUAGAUGAUGAAAAUAGAGAGUGGACUCCUUUGUCGACCAUGGCAUCUAACAUAUCAGAAAGAAGCAUUUGGCCCACAUCUAGUACUUCUAUGCAUGUUCCAAGGAAUCAAAUAUCUGGUUUUGAAACUGCCCAGACAAGUGGAUCAGAUUCUCCAUUACCCAUAUCUCCGGUGCUUUUAGGUCCUGGUUCUCGCCAAAGAGAUAAUUCUGGGGUUGUUCCAUUUACAUUUUAUCCUACUGGGCCACCUGUUCCCUUUGUUACAAUGCUUCCUUUAUAUAAUUUUCCAACUGAGUCUUCUGACACUUCAACAAGCAACUUCAAUUUGGAAGAAGGGGCAGAUAACAGUGAUUCAAGUCAGAAUUUUGAUUCAUCUGAGGGAUAUGAACACCCUGGGGUGUCAAGUCCUUCCAAUUCUAUGACAAGGGUGGCUAUUGAGUCAUCAGAGCACAAGUCUGACAUUCUUAAUAGUGACUUUGUUAGCCACUGGCAAAAUUUGCAAUAUGGCCGAUUUUGUCAAAACUCACGUCUUCCGCCUUCAAUGACGUAUCCUUCACCUGGUAUGGUGCCUCCUGUUUAUUUGCAGGGUCGAUAUCCUUGGGAUGGCCCUGGAAGACCUAUUUCUGGUAACAUGAAUAUUUUCAGUCAGCUUAUGAACUACGGGCCACGCCUGGUUCCUGUUGCUCCUCUCCAAUCGGUUUCUAAUAGACCUGCCAAUAUUUACCAACGUUAUGUAGAUGAUAUGCCUCGAUAUCGAAGUGGGACUGGAACCUACUUGCCAAAUCCGAAGGUUUCUGCUCGGGAUCGGCAUUCCACUAAUACCAGAAGGGGAAAUUACAAUUAUGAUAGAAGCGACCAUCAUGGUGAUAGAGAAGGAAAUUGGAAUACAAACUCAAAAUUGCGAGGAACUGGGCGUGGCCAUAAUCGCAACCAAAAUGAGAAGCCCAACUCAAAGACAGAGCGGCUGUCUAGCAGCGAGAGCCGUGCCGAGAGAUCAUGGGGUUCACAUAGGCAUGACAAUUUCAUUCCUCACCAGAAUGGUCCAGUUGGUUCAAAUUCCUUGCAGAGUAAUCCUUCCAAUGUAGCUUAUGGAAUGUACCCUAUACCGGCCAUGAACCCAAGCGGGUUCUCGUCAAAUGGACCAACAAUGCCAUCUGUUGUAAUGUUUUAUCCUUAUGAUCAUAAUACUGGUUAUGGUUCACCAGCAGAGCAGCUUGAGUUUGGGACUUUGGGACCAAUGGGGUUCUCAGGUGUCAAUGAGCUGUCACAGGCAAAUGAGGGAACUCAAUCUAGUGGAGCACAUGAAGAUCAAAGGUUUCGUGGUGGUCACAGCCAACGAUCUUCCCCAGAUCAACCCUCCUCACCUCAUGUCUCAAGGGGUCCCUGAUUCUGCGGUCAGGUCAAGUGGCCAGGAGGAAUUCUUGAAAGAGGAGGAUUGUUCCUCUUCAUUCUAGGACUGGGCAGGGCAUGUAACCGGGGAAUACUAUCUGUCCAUUUCAUGGCAUUAUUGUUCUUUAAAAAGAAAAAGAAUGUAGGUCCCUUGUUUGUUUGUGCCCAGGCUCUUACAUGUACACUUACAGGUGAUUAACCAACUUUGGUUAAGUUUGUCCAUCCAAGACCCAUGUUUGAGGAUGAAAACAAUGGGGACAGAGAGGAUGCAGGACUCUCCUCCCAGUCUAUCAAAAAGAAAAAAGGGAUGGAUGGAUGGCUUGGUGAUUAGAUUUUUAUUCAAAGUUUAGACACAUUUGUAACCCAACCAAAGUAGAAAACUGGCUUAGGUUCAGAAUUUAGAAAAUUUACCUUGUUAUAGAUUUUUGUCAGCUUCUCUUUUAAACAAUGUUGUAGUUGGGUACUCGUUUUAGAACACGCAGCAGAUCUUUGUUGAAGUUUUGAACAUUGUUAUAUAGCUUAUUAGCAAUAAAAUUGUCAUGAGAUACUAUUAGAUGUCA